ACAUGUGCAGAUAGUUUGACUUCUAGUCUACAGCGACAACUGAAGAUGUUGUGUGAGAGUAGAACAAUGAGUCCAAAAGAACGUUUUUAUUGCUGCCUUGACAUUUGCUUUGAUCGUGUUAAAGACAUUUCACAAAAGGUUCUCGUGAUGAUUUCAGUGUUUCCUGCAGGAUUCUUCACACGUGACGAGGCUGCAUCGAUCUUCAGGAGCGCAUUUUCGAACAAAGAGGAAAUUUCUGACGGAUUAACUGAUUUGAUGAACUUCAGCUUCCUGUCUUACAACCAAGAGCAAAAGGCGUAUUAUUUAAGUCCUGCCAUGAGAUCGUUUGCGAUCUAUAAAGCAACMCACGAACCACCGACCUCAUCUGAAACUGAUUCCACUGAAGUGUCCGAUUUGAACGCUACGCACAAGGCUGCGAUCUCAAAGUUUGUAUGUUACACAUUUGACUGCACCUUGAAGAUUGAAGAUGAUUUCUUCAGCACCUGCAGUGCAAUUGCCAUCCAGAAAUACAGAAAACAAGAGGCAAAUCUCAGAGAAAUAGCAAAUUGGCUCACCUCUGAUAGACUUUUUAAAGAUCCUGAAAUUAAGUGCCACAAGUGCUACAUCAUUGAGAAGUUCAUGGAAUGUUGCUCGAUCAACAUCAAGGUCAUGGAAAGAAGUUUAUUGAAAACCAUCCUGCGUACGAUUCUAAGGUUUUGUCGAGAUGAAGAAGGCAUAGACAACUCAAAGAAUAAAGAUACAAAGAAGCGAUACGUCGAAUGUCUGACUUAUGGUGGAGUUACAUGCAUCUUGGGUUGUCUCUGUGCACCACAGCUAUGUCCAAUUGCUCAGGAUCAAGCAAUGUGGUGCUUUAAUGAAGUUCUGARGGCAUUGUGCAGCAAAGAUCAGACGAUUGCUAGUACGGAAGAGGAUAAGCUCAAACUUGUGUCUGAGUGCGGGAUCAUGUCCAAGGGAGCCCAAACUCAGUUCCUUCUGRAGUAUGGCAAGUGUUUGGUUUGGGAAGGACAAAAUGAUGAAGGAUUGAAAUUCGUCGAAAAGGGGAUUGCAAUACGCGAGGAAGUGUUCAAGGAAUCAAAAUCCACUAAAGAUCUUGUUAUGGUGGCAGUGGGCUACAACAAUCUUGCAUGUGCCUACAGUUACAGCAAAGAUUCGAAUAAAGCCAUUGAAAUAAGGCAAACCAAAGUCCUACCGGUCUAUGAAAAGCAUCUUGGUUGUCAUCCAUUUACAGCCAAUGCGCACAGCCAUUCAGCGCACGACUACUUCGUACUCGGUAAGUACGAGGAAGCCCUCAAGGCAUGUGAAAAAUCUCUAUUCCACAGGAAACGUUUGUUGGGCGAACACUGUGAAACUGCUCGUUCUCUAUCUGAUAUGGGCCGUAUCUUACGAGAACAAGCGAGUCGAUGUGAAAUUCCUGAUGAUAAGCAGUCACAACUUGAAGAAGCGCUUUCUUACCUGAGUAAAGYACUUGAAAUGCGUCAGCAUCUUGCAUUCACCUCUAAAGAAAUGGCAGGAAAUCACGUGGAAAUGGCUCACGUGUUGAGAUCCUUAGGGCGAGAAGAGGAAGCAAAAGAGCAUGAGGAAAAAGCAGGAGAUUGUUUUAUGAAUGUAGACUAUUCUUACAUGGAUUAGCCCAUGGAUACGACACUAAUUUAAGUCAUUUCUUCCACACACGGUAUCCUUCAAAGCUCUCGCAAACUGGCAUUUUGAAAAGCAACCGGUUCCUGUGCCAUCGAAGCGAGAUAACCGUCAAGUUGUCUUCACUUCUUUUAUGAUAGUUUAGCUGGUGGUAUUGCCUCAGCACAGACGGUAACCUGGGUAACUCUUUCCUUAAACUUUGUAUUUAAAAUUCUCUUAAAAUUGUUUUUAAAAUUGGUUGUUGAAUGACCUUUCUAGAAUACGUAGAUAUCGUUUGAUAUCACACCACGAAGCACACACUACUGUAUUAUGUUUUAUUAUAUAGCUCGGAUGUAACACACGAUUUCAUUGGCUAAAAAGCGGGCCAUACUUUCCCGUACGG